AACUGGGCACUGUGCUCAGGGCACAUCUGGCCUGAGUGCUGCAGCCCUCAGCCCCCUGGAGCUCCAGAGGAAGAGGAGGACGAGCAGGAGGUUGGGGCAACAGGAGGUGUGGCCACCGCAGCACCUGGAAUUGGAGCAGCCUCCCCCAUCGCCCCUCUGGGUCCGCUGCUUAAAUAAGGACGAGGACAGGGCUCUGUCUCCUCAGCCUUGGUCACCGGCCCCGGCCUAGAACAGUGAACCGACAAUGCCAUCCUCCAGAACGUGGGGCCUCCUCCUGCUGGUAGGCCUGUGCUGCCUGGUCCCUGCCUCUCUGGCUGACAGUUCCCAGGAGACAGAUGCGUCCAAGCACAGUGACCAGCACGCCAGCCACAAGAUAGCCCCGAACCUGGCGGACUUCGCUUUCAGUCUCUACCGCCAGAUGGCCCAUCAGUCCAACACCACCAACAUCUUCUUUUCGCCGGUGAGCAUUGCGACAGCUUUUGCGGUGCUCUCCCUGGGGUCCAAGGGUGACACUCACACCCAGAUCCUGGAGGGUCUAGGUUUCAACCUCACCGAGAGAGCAGAGGCUGAUAUCCACGAAGGCUUCCAGGAUCUUCUCCACACCCUGAACCAGGCAGACAACCAGCUGCAGCUGACCACCGGUAAUGGCUUGUUCAUCAGCGAGAGCGUGAAGCUACUGGAUAAGUUUUUGGAGGAUGUCAAGAAACUGUACCACUCAGAAGCCUUCUCCAUCAACUUCCAGAAUCCCGAAGAAGCCAAGAAACGGAUCAACGAUUAUGUAGAGAAGGGAACCCAAGGAAAAAUUGUGGAUCUGGUCAAAGACCUUGACCCAGACACAGUUUUUGCUCUGGUGAAUUAUAUCUUCUUUAAAGGCAAAUGGGAGAAGCCCUUCGAGGUUGAGCAGACCACCGAGGAGGACUUCCACGUAGACGCGAGCACCACGGUCAAGGUGCCCAUGAUGAGUCGCCUGGGCAUGUUCUACCUGCACCGCUGUGAAAUGCUGUCCAGCUGGGUGCUGCUCAUGGACUAUGUGGGCAAUGCCACCGCCUUCUUCAUCCUGCCCGACGAGGGGAAACUGGAGCACGUGGAGAGCAAGCUCACCAAGGAGGCCCUCACCAGGUUCCUGGAGAAGAGAUACCGGAGGUCUGCCAGUUUACAUUUGCCCAAACUGUCCAUUUCUGGAACCUACGAACUGGGAGCUGUCAUGUACAACCGGGGCAUCUCCAGGGUCUUCAGCAACAACGCUGACCUGUCCAGGAUCAGUGAGGGACCACCCCUCAAGCUGUCCAAGGCCGUGCACAAGGCUGUGCUGACCCUCGACGAGAAAGGGACAGAAGCUGCUGGGGCCACAUUUCUGGAAGCCAUUCCAAUGUCGAUUCCCCCAACUGUUGAGUUUAACAGGCCUUUCAUCACCAUCAUCUAUGAUAAAAAUACCAAGGGUCCCCUCUUUGUAGGAAAAGUGGUGAACCCUACCCAAAAAUAACUGUCUGUCUGGUUCAGCCCCCCCUCCCCACCCCCACCACUCCCAGGCCAAGUCCCCUUCCUACAUGACAAUAAAGAAUGACUGGCCUGGCCCAAA